GAAGGUGGGGAACGUAUACAGCCUACGUGUGCAGGACUUAGGAAAAAGGCUGAUUUUGUUAGGAAUAUUGCUUGUUGCUUAGGUUUCUCUUCAAGGUUCUAAUUCUAGUACCACAUUGCGUUUCAGGUCUACAAUUAGUGACAGUGGCAUUGGUAUGAUUUGAAAUGUAUUCCAUGAAACUCUAUCAAAGCUCCUCCUUGCUCUAUGGAUGCCUCUCUUUUGCAGUUGUUCCUCCCUCGAUUGUGUGGUCAAGAAUGAUUGAAAGAAACAAUUUUCCCUUAGAUGAGAGAAGAGCAUAUGGACUCCACACAAGGAGGAAUUGGAAGAAGGUAAUGCUUGCUUUUGUUUGCUUGGUGUGGAUGUCUAUUAUAGCUCUUGCUACAAUUGUUUUUCUUCGGACUUCUACUACGUGCUGCAUCUUUUCGGGGAUGAUUUUUGCUGCUAUAACUUCUGAUACAACUUCAACUUACGGGCAUGUUUCUCAUAUUUUGGAGGGUUUCAAGUAGCCCAUUUAUGUGGUUGGCUUUGGGAGUAGAAAGAGUAUAAGCACGGCAAAGAAGUAAGCUCCAAGUAAAGAAAAUUUGUGGAAUGAGAUGAUUGGCCUAGUGCAUGAUUACAUUUUCAAGAAAGUAGAAUUACAUUAGUUAUUUUUCAAUGAGUCCAAUUAGUUGGGCUCAUUUAUGUAGUUUUUGUUGGAAAAUUUAUUCCUAAGCUAAUGUAAUGAAUUUUUAUUCAAUGGUUGAAUUGUUUAUUG